AUGUGCGAACAUAGAGAAUGGCUUGACAAUGCUAUCAGAAACAAUCAAAUCAUUAAAUAUGAUUAUAAUACGUUUAAUGAAAUAAGGCUCAUCGGACACGGGUCAUUCGGAAGAGUUUCUAGCGCUAUAUCCUCCAAAUUUAAAGGCGAAGUAGCCUUAAAAUCUGUUAAAAUUAAUCAAGAUUUUACGAUAGAAUUAUUAGUUAACGAGCUUAGACAACACCUUCGUAUUGGUUCACAUAAUAAUAUUUUAGAAUUCUAUGGAAUUAUUGAAGAUGAACCAGGCAUAUUUAUACUCGUUCUUGAAUAUGCAAAUAAUGGUACUCUUAAAGAAUAUUUAUGCAAGAAUUUUUGUGUACUAAACUGGGAUGAUAAACUUGACCUUGCAAGGCAAUUAGUAGAUGCUAUAAAGUUUUUGCAUUCGCAUGAUAUAAUUCAUAGGGAUCUGCUUAGCGAUUUUGGCAAUUCAAAAUUUAUUGCAGAUCCAUCAAUUCAAUUAACAAAGGCAAUUGGAGCAAUACGUUACUCAGAUCCGCAAUUUCUUAGAAAUUAUUCAAAUUAUAAAAAACCAAUUCAUGGAACACCAAAGGAUUAUGUAAAAAUUUAUGAAGAAUGUUGGAAAUCGAUGCCAGACCAACGACCAAAUAUUGAAGAGAUUACAUCUAAUUUUGCGAAUAUUAAUAUAGAUAAUGUAAUAUCUAUUGAGGAUGAAAUUGAUGAUAAACCAGAUAUGACCAGUGUUCUUAAAGGACUAGCUAAUCGUAAUGGGAUUAAUAUUCAAGGACUAGCUAAUGGGGUUAAUCUUCAAGAACUAACUAAUGAAAGUGAUCUUCAAGGACUAGCUAAUGGGGUUAAUCUUAGAGAACUAAUUAAUGGAAAUGAUCUUCAAGGACUAACUAAUGGAGUUGAUGCUGAUUCUGAAAUUUUCCAUGAAUUAUAUGAGGUUUUAAGUUCAUCAUCAAGUUCAGCAUCAAAUAUUAAUAAGAGUUCAAGUUUGGCAUCAAACAUUAACGGAGACUUAUCAGACAUUGAUAAAGAACCUAUUACGAAGAUCGAUUCAAAAACUCUUGAAUACAUAGACAACAAUAUCAAAGACUCUGAUAAGCAGUUUUUGAAACAAUUAGUGCAACUUUUUUUAAAUUAUAUAAAUAUUUCUGAAGAACCUAAAUUGCUCGUUAAUCAAAUUAAUACUUUAAUUAAAGAUUAUGACAAAAAUCCAGAUAAAAUAUUUAAAAUAUUAUUAAAGCACCAAGGACAGCCAACAUUUGCAUAUUUAAUUGGUUUUUUCUAUGAUCAUGGUAUUGGUGUUAAGGUUAAUAAACAAAAGGCUUCUAAGAUGUAUGAACAAGCCAAAACAUAUAGAAAGAUUUACACGAUGUGUUCAAAAGAAGAGCUACCUAAAAGCCUUUCGGAUGUUUCGAAUAUCCCGAAGCAAGAAUUACAAGAGCAACCUGGUGUGCAACAUGAAAUGAAACCCCAACCUCUUGUCCAUCAUUUGCCUGCCGACGACGAACAUCUCGAAGAAUACCAGGCAGCUGGAAAAUUAAAAUCUAAAAUUGCUCUUAUUACCGGAGGUGAUUCUGGAAUUGGUCGAUCAAUAGCGGCCUUAUUUUCACUCGAAGGUUGUGCAGGAAUAGCAAUCGUGCAUUUACCACGUGAAGAAAAAGAUGCACAAGAAACUAAACAAAGGAUUGAGAAACAGUCGAGCACCCAGGUGGAAUUGAUUUCUAAGGAUGUUGGAUAUGAAGAAAACGCGAUUGAAAUCAUUGAUCAUGUGGUUAAAAAAUGGGGUAGAAUUGACGUGUUAGUAAAUAAUGCUUCGGAACAACAUGUGGGUGGAAAUAUUCAGGAUCUUAGCGCAGAGCAGCUUGAGAGAACUUUUAGGCGAGCAUCGUUGGCUUCACUAGGAAUUCGCGUUAAUGCUGUUGCUCCAGGACCGAUUUGGACACCUUUGAUCACAGCGAGUUUCCCUCCUGAAAUGAUGGAGCAAUUUGGAAAAGAAACACCUUUUGGUCGAGCAGGUCAACCUUCAGAAGUAGCACCUUGUUACGUUUUUCUCGCUAGUAAUGAUUCUAGUUAUAUGUCUGGUCAGGUUCUCCAUCCUAAUGGGGGAACUGUUGUUAACGGAUGA